UUCAUAAUAAGCCCAAAAAAGAAAUUGAAGACAUAAUUGAUGAAUAUCUGAAUACUACUAUUCUAAAUUCAUCACUACCUAAGUUAAUUAAUGAAAUUGUUGUUGUUGAUACUCUUUUUCCUAAUGCUAUAGCACAAAAACAAGCUGCAAAUGCUAUAAAUAAAGCCAACAAAAAACUUGCUAAAUGCAGAUUAUAUACAUUAACUGCUAAAAAAAAGGCAAAACUUUUACAAGAACAGCAAAUAAUUGAAAAAUAUAAUUCUUCAGCAGCAAAAUCUCAUCACUAUCUGGCAAAUAUCAGCAGUUCUUCUGUUAUACAAAAUGAAAGAAAAGAUCAUCCAGAUACAUAUUAUUGUUUUGCAUCUGUGAAAGAGGCAAAGCAAUUUGCAAUAAGAUUCUCUACUCACUUUGUAAUUAUCUUUCAAGAUGAUAAGGCCAAGAUUCCUCUUGGCAUUCCUACUGUUGGAAAAACUUUUCAAGCUGUUCAGAGUCUUAAAGAACCCAUUAUGUUGCCAGACUAUGAUUUUCCAAUGCCAUAUAUCAUAAACUAA